GGAAGCAGCUGCGCAGUUUGGGGGCUGGAGCCAGAGCUGCUGGUAUUGCAGUGGGAGCAGGUCUGGGGAUAUUGUCCAGACAAUGGACAGUGUUUUCAUACAGCGCAGUGUUAAAGUAUUGCAGGCUCUGAACAAACAGAGGGAAGAAGGCAGAUAUUGUGAUGCCACGCUGGUGGUUGGCAACACUAACUUUAAGGCACACUGGAGCAUUUUGGCAUGUAGCAGCCAUUUCUUUCAAACUCUUUAUGGAGACGGGACAUCUACAAACAUAGUGUUACAUGAAAGUUUCUCAGAAGUCAUUGGACUUGUGCUGGAUUUUUUGUAUACUGGGGAGCUGGCUCUUUCUCAGCAUAAUGUUCAGAAAGUUCUUCUGGCUUCAAGGGAACUUGGGAUUUAUGAGGCUGCAGAAGUCUGUGAAAGGUUUCAACCAAAAUGCUACGAAUCGGGUGAUCAGAAUGAAGACUACUUUCAAGAGUCCGGCACAACUGAAACUUUAAACGGGCACUUGAAGCAAGCAGAGGAGUCUGAUGGUGAAGAAGUCUUCAAAGGGAUUACAGAGUUAAGCAACACAUUGACCCAAGAAACUGUACCUGGACAGAGCAACGGACAGGAGAGGAGCCUUUCCUUACUUCAGAUGAGUGAGGAUGAUUCCCCCACCCAACCUACUGUCCUUAAAAAUAUAGAUUAUACAGGGGACGGACAGGAACAAAGUGAUUUUAAAGGGCAAAGGAAAGGACAGAAGAGCGAACAUUGUCUCAAUGAAGGAGAUUACAUCACGUGGGAGCUGGAAGUAGAGCAGAUACAAGAUGUUAUAGCAGACAAUGCCCGAUUCAUUAAUGAAGAUAUUGAUGAAGACUUUGUUUCUGAGAAGAAGACACAAAACCCCAAGCCAAGAUUAUGUUCUGGCAAAAAGAUUAUUCCUGCAGAAACCCCGGCAGAAGCGAUCGCGCUUGAUGGUGAAAAUCUCAAGAAUAGAAGAAGUGCAAACAUGUCCGUAGAAUGCCCCACGUGUCACAAAACAUUUCUCAGCAAAUAUUAUCUAAAGGUGCAUAACAGGAAACAUACAGGAGAGAAACCUUUUGAAUGUUCGAAGUGCGGCAAAAGCUAUUUCAGGAAAGAAAACCUAAUGGAACAUGAGGCACGGAACUGUAUGAACAGAUCAGAGCAGGCUUUUUCCUGUACGUUGUGUGAUGAGGUUUUCAAAAGGAGAAUUGAGCUACGGCUUCACAUGGUGUCCCAUACUGGUGAGAUGCCCUAUAAAUGUUCUACUUGUACCCAGCAGUUCAUGCAGAAGAAGCCUCUACAAAGUCACAUGACCAAGAUGCAUGGUGCCCCUAAGCCCCACUCUUGCUCUACAUGUGGGAAAUGCUUUUUCACACGGACGGAGCUUCGGUUGCAUGAAGCCUUUAAACAUCGAGGUGAGAAGCUCUUUGUAUGUGAAGAAUGUGGACACCGAGCUUCAAGCCGAAGCGGGUUACAGAUGCAUGUAAAAGCCAAGCACAGAAAUGAGCGUCCUUAUGUAUGUGAAUUCUGCCAUCAUGCAUUCACUCAAAAAACCAACCUAAAUAUGCAUCUAAAGACUCACACAGGAGAGAAACCAUUUCAGUGUCAUCUCUGUGGAAAGACAUUCAGAACACAAGCAAGUCUACACAAGCACAACCGGACUCACACAGGAGAGCGUCCAUUCAGCUGUGAGUUCUGCGACCAGAGGUUUACCGACAAAACCCCUCUAUUGAGACACGUCGCCAGCCGGCAUCAGGAAGGACGACCUCAUUUCUGCCACAUUUGUGGCAAGACGUUUAAAGCUAUUGAACAGCUGCGGGUGCAUGUGGAGCGACACAAAGGAGUCAGAAAGUUUGAAUGCACUGAAUGCGGCUACAAGUUUACUCGACAAGCACAUCUUCGACGCCAUAUGGAAAUUCAUAACCGCAUUGAAAAUUACAAUCCACGUCAAAGGAAACUUCGCAAUCUAAUAAUUGAAGAUGAAAAAACUGUGGUGGUCGGUUUGCAAAACUCAGCUGAGAUAGUUGACCUGCAGAACCAAUCAAUGGUGGUUGGUUUGCAGAAUCAGCCCGUUAUAGUCACUUUGCAGAGUCCAUCAGUGGUGGUUGGCUUGCAGAGUCCACAUGAACUUGAGGUGGGCCCUGGUGAAGUCAUAGUCGAGUCUAUUAAUUCAAACCAACUUUCUGACGAUGUUACAGAGCAAAGGAUAUGCCCUCCUGACGCAUUCCCUCCUGAUGUUAUAGAGCAGUCCAUUUUCAUUACAGCAACAACAAUUCCUGAAGAUGAAUGUGAAACAUGAUCACCUACCCUGUGUUGCAUUAUUAAUAAAGUUGUUUUUUUGUUUUGUAUUUUUAAUAUUUAUUAGCUUAAGCUAUUUUCUUUACUCAUGAAGAUUGUUUAAAGCUACUUAUUUAUACUCUCAACCAUUUUCAAUGCCAGUUACAAUUUACCUCUUUCAAUGGACCUAAUAGCAAUAAGCAGACAGGAUGUCAUGUGCAUUAAUAACCAAGAGCACAGGUCUCCAUCUUAAACAGCUUUAGCAAUGUUCAAAAUAAAUGCUCCAAACUUCAAA